AUGGAAAUGGAAAGAAACUCGUCUGGUCAGCCUCAAUCCACCCUCCGUCCAACCACUUUCCCCGCAAAGCAACAAGUGAGACAACAACCACCACCAUCAUCCCCCUUCGCAAGAACACGAGCGCUCCCAUGGGUCCUCCUGAGCAUCACCGCCGGCGGCAUCGGCCUGUACAUCAGCCUACUGAUCGUCUCCGCCCGGCGACCCUGCACCAACCCCGCCAUAUCCAACAUCGCACAGCAGCAAGAUGUGUCGAAACGCUACGACGAAACAGCGGACAACUUCGACAGCGAAGUCGGCGUCUCAGAAGUGCUGAUGGGCAUCAAUCGGAUGCGCAAAAAACUCGCGCAGCAAUGCGUCGGACAUGUACUGGAGGUCAGCUGUGGCACCGGGCGGAAUUUGGGGUACUACGACGUUGGGGCGGAGUCGGCGAUUGAGAGUCUCACGUUUGUCGAUCUCAGCCCGCCGAUGAUCGAGGUGUGCAAGAAGAAGUGGAAUGUGCUGUACGGGUCGACCAUGUCCACGCCGUCCACGCUGCGAGAGCAGCCAUUUAAGCCCGGCCUGGCCGUUCGCUUCCUCACGAGCUCGGCGCUAGAACCCAUGCCGCCUGCGCCCAAUGGACGCGCAUACGACACCAUCAUCCAAACCAUGGGCCUCUGCAGCACGCCCGCCCCAGAGGCCCUGCUCUCCAACAUGAUCCGGCACCUCAACCUCGCCAACCCGGAAGCGCGCAUCCUCCUGCUCGAGCACGGCCGCAGCUACCGCACAUGGCUCAACAACAUCCUCGACGGCGCGGCGCAGAGGCACGCCGAAAUCCACGGCUGCUGGUUCAACCGCGACAUUGGCGCGCUGGUGCAAGACGCGGCCAAGCGCGCGGGGCUGCAGGUGGUGAGCGAGAAGCGACACCAUGUCGGCACGACGUGGGUCAGAGAGUCAGCAUCCAUCUCGCAAACGGUCAGCACCAGCUAG